ACAUUGUUUCCUAGCAACAGAAGUCUCCAGUUUAAGCCAAGACUCCAGAAAAAUCUUGGCCGGGAGCUGUUCUCCGGGAUUUCUACGAGAACCAGAAAAUAAGAAUGAGAGACUUAUCGAUUCAAAGAGAAACGUGGUGGCGGACGACGCUGAAAGAAACUCCAAACCCAGGCACCUACACGCUGCGGGACUUUCUUCAAGAGUCCCUCUUAAACCCCGUGCGCAACACGUACAACUUUAAAGGCCAAGGGAGAAGCAAGAGGUCUCUGGUGGAACCGAAAAGGGACAUGACGCUGCCCGACGUGCCCAAGUACCUGCCCCCAGACUUUGUGGAGCUGAUCAAAAAGCAGAUGGCUUCUUACUCCUUCAAAGACACUCCACGGCCAAUGCCCAACAAGCUGUGUUUCAAAGAUGAGACAAUUGAUAUUGCACCAGGGCAAUAUAAUAUUGGUCCAGCACCAGUUCCCAAAUUCCUUGCCAGGAACUCUGUAUUCCGUUCUACUGUUGAAAGAUUUCCAACAUGUUAUUUUAUUCCUAAAGAAGGACCAGGACCAGGCCAUUAUGAUGUGAAAGGAUCCGUGUCCCGUCCUAUUACUUCCUGUUUCCAAUCCAAAGUGCCUCGAUUCAUGCCACUUCGUUCAAAAACGCCGGGCCCAGGAACUUACACGGCGCCCAGACAAAGGAUCACACAGUCACGAAGUAUCGCCAAGAUGAGCCGAGAACACAGCCUGUUCUUCAACAAUACAAUUGGCUUUUGAGUAAA